CGUCACUGUGCGGUGUUUCUAUAUAUACAGAAAGCGUCGCAGUUUGCUGCAGUUGUUCCCGGAGCACGAGAAGAGUGAGCUGUGACUCUUAUAUCCGAACUUAAAGCACUUGAUUAUUUCGUCUAAGGAUUAGACCAUGCAGAUCUUCGUGAAGACCCUUACUGGCAAGACCAUCACCCUCGAGGUUGAGCCAAGUGACACCAUCGAGAAUGUGAAGGCCAAGAUCCAGGACAAAGAAGGCAUUCCCCCAGACCAGCAGAGGCUGAUCUUUGCUGGCAAACAGCUGGAAGAUGGCCGCACAUUGUCCGACUACAAUAUCCAGAAGGAGUCCACCCUCCACCUGGUGCUGCGUCUGAGGGGCGGCAUGCAGAUCUUCGUGAAGACCUUAACUGGCAAGACCAUUACCCUGGAGGUCGAACCAAGUGACACCAUUGAGAACGUAAAGGCCAAGAUCCAGGACAAAGAAGGCAUUCCCCCAGACCAGCAGAGGCUGAUCUUUGCUGGCAAGCAGCUGGAAGAUGGCCGCACCCUAUCCGACUACAACAUCCAGAAGGAGUCCACUCUCCACCUAGUGCUGCGUCUGAGGGGCGGCAUGCAGAUCUUUGUGAAAACCCUAACUGGCAAGACCAUCACCCUCGAGGUUGAGCCAAGUGACACCAUCGAGAAUGUGAAGGCCAAGAUCCAGGACAAAGAAGGCAUUCCCCCAGACCAGCAGAGGCUGAUCUUUGCUGGCAAACAGCUGGAAGAUGGCCGCACAUUGUCCGACUACAAUAUCCAGAAGGAGUCCACCCUCCACCUGGUGCUGCGUCUGAGGGGCGGCAUGCAGAUCUUCGUGAAGACCUUAACUGGCAAGACCAUUACCCUGGAGGUCGAACCAAGUGACACCAUUGAGAACGUAAAGGCCAAGAUCCAGGACAAAGAAGGCAUUCCCCCAGACCAGCAGAGGCUGAUCUUUGCUGGCAAGCAGCUGGAAGAUGGCCGCACCCUAUCCGACUACAACAUCCAGAAGGAGUCCACUCUCCACCUAGUGCUGCGUCUGAGGGGCGGCAUGCAGAUCUUUGUGAAAACCCUAACUGGCAAGACCAUCACCCUCGAGGUUGAGCCAAGUGACACCAUCGAGAACGUGAAGGCCAAGAUCCAGGACAAAGAAGGCAUUCCCCCAGACCAGCAGAGGCUGAUCUUUGCUGGCAAACAGCUGGAAGAUGGCCGCACAUUGUCCGACUACAAUAUCCAGAAGGAGUCCACCCUCCACCUGGUGCUGCGUCUGAGGGGCGGCAUGCAGAUCUUCGUGAAGACCUUAACUGGCAAGACCAUUACCCUGGAGGUCGAACCAAGUGACACCAUUGAGAACGUAAAGGCCAAGAUCCAGGACAAAGAAGGCAUUCCCCCAGACCAGCAGAGGCUGAUCUUUGCUGGCAAGCAGCUGGAAGAUGGCCGCACCCUAUCCGACUACAACAUCCAGAAGGAGUCCACUCUCCACCUAGUGCUGCGUCUGAGGGGCGGCAUGCAGAUCUUUGUGAAAACUCUAACUGGCAAGACCAUCACCCUCGAGGUUGAGCCAAGCGACACCAUUGAGAACGUAAAGGCCAAGAUCCAGGACAAAGAAGGCAUUCCCCCAGACCAGCAGAGGCUGAUCUUUGCUGGCAAGCAGCUGGAAGAUGGCCGCACCCUCUCCGACUACAACAUCCAAAAGGAAUCCACCCUCCACCUGGUGCUGCGUCUGAGGGGCGGCAUGCAGAUCUUCGUAAAGACAUUAACUGGCAAGACCAUCACCCUGGAGGUUGAACCAAGUGACACCAUUGAGAACGUAAAGGCCAAGAUCCAGGACAAAGAAGGCAUUCCCCCAGACCAGCAGAGGCUAAUCUUUGCUGGAAAGCAGCUGGAAGAUGGCCGCACCCUGUCUGACUACAACAUUCAGAAGGAGUCCACCCUUCACCUGGUGCUGCGUCUGAGGGGCGGCAUGCAGAUCUUUGUGAAGACCUUGACUGGCAAGACCAUCACCCUGGAGGUUGAACCAAGCGACACCAUUGAGAACGUAAAGGCCAAGAUCCAGGACAAAGAAGGCAUUCCCCCAGACCAGCAGAGGCUGAUCUUUGCUGGCAAGCAGCUAGAAGAUGGUCGCACCCUGUCUGACUACAACAUCCAAAAGGAAUCCACCCUCCACCUGGUGCUGCGUCUGAGAGGUGGACAGUAAACAGCCUAAUGUCUUAAAUGUUGUUUGAAAAGUUCUUGCUUACAAAGACAUUUUACUUUAAUUGCAGAUAAAGUUACAAAUGGUAUUUUCUCGUUAAAUUUAAAAUGUAACGGGAAGAAAAAUAAAACAUUUAUGUUUAAAGCAUUGAAAA